AUGGGUUAUUUUAAUAAUAAAUUUAAUAUUUUUAUAUUAUGGAGUAAUAUUAUUUUGUAUUUCUUACUUAUAGUUACAAUUACAUUUUAUAACAAUGAUUUGUUUAAUAAGUACAAUAAUGAAAAAUCAAACAUAAUAGGGGCUUCAUCUGUUUUUGGAUAUAGCAGAUCAUUAGCUGAAUAUUAUAACAAUAAAGAUGGGUAUAAUGUAUUAAGAAUAAAUUUGGAUCAUAAAAAGCUUAAAGGUAUGUUUGAGCAUAUGCAUCCUGAAAUAAAAAUGGUAGAAGUUGAUUCAGAAAGUAUAUGCCCUGGUACAAAUGAAGUUAAUUUAAAGAUUAUUACAAAUUUAAGACCAGAUAUGAUUAAAGUAAAUGCAACAAGUGAAAAUAUAUCAUUAGGAGAAUGGAAUAACAUUAUGCAAUAUUAUGGUCAACCACCAUCUAAGGGAGUAUCUAAAUUAGAUUCGGACGUAAAAGACAACCUAGAAAAGAAAAUGAAAAAAAAGAAAAGAAAAAGACCUUUGAUAAGAUAUAUUUCAGAAAUUGUAGGUUAUGGUAUUAUUAUAAUUCCUGGUUUUCCUGUUCUUGUUGGUGUUGUAGGUUUUGGAUUCUGCAUAUUAAUAUUCAAGGGUAUUAAACCUGCUAAAAAAUAUUUUAGUACAAUUAAGAAAUGGCUUUUUUAA